GGGCGUGGUCCACCUGAGAGAUCAAGGAAGUGAAGCCUCACGUGACCUCAGCAGAGUCUCAGAGAGACACUUUGUGAAACUUCACCUGGACAGCCCUUGACUCCAGACCUGUGACCUCUGACCCUCCCUCCCCCCCAUCGUCCUGUGCACAUGACUGUUUCCUGCAGUGACAUAAGUUCAGCCAUGAGGUGGCGCUCUUCUUGUGGUCCUCCCCUCCUCCUCCUCCUCUCUUUCCUCACCCUCUUGGUCGGGAGAGAAACGGUGUCGGGAUUCAGGAUCUGCUCGUACAACGUGGAGAAGCUCAACAUCGACAAGGCUUCAAACUACAGACUGGUCCAAACUCUGUCCAGGGUGGUGUAUCGCUGUGACAUCUGUCUCCUGCAGGACGUGGUCGAUCCCGACGGGAGAGUGGUGAAGAAGCUGCUGUCGGCCAUCAACAGGGAAUCUCACAGGUAUGGCAACUACGUCUACGAGUCAGUGUCCAGCAAAGGUCUUGGACAGUCUGCGGGCGACAAGAGGAAGUUCGUCUUCCUCUACAGGAAAGAGACGGUGACCAUGAUGGACCAGCACCAGUACGAGACCACACCCCCGACCUUCGCCAGAGGACCGUUAGCUGUUCAGUUCAAGAGCCGGACGACAAUGAUGAAGGAUUUCAUUCUGGUGCCCGUCCACACGGACCCGCUGAAGGCCGUCCAGGAGAUUGACAACCUGUACAACGUCUUUCAGGAAGUCAGUGAGAAGUGGGACAACGAGAAUGUGAUGUUCCUGGGAGAUUUUCAGGCCGGCUGCGCCUACAUGACCCGACCCAACAAGAAGAAGAUCAGACUGUUCACCAACUUAAACUUCACUUGGCUGAUCGGAGACAAAGUGGACACGACCGUCUCCGAAGAGACCACCUGUGCAUAUGACAGGAUCGUGGUUCAUGGGAAAUCUUUCCUGAAGGCCAUCAUUCCGAUGUCGGCGAUGGUCUACGACUUCGGAAAGGAGCUGAAACUCAGCAUGUCUAAGGUGAGGGAUAUGAGCGACCACUACCCCCUGGAGGUGGAACUAAAGAGCUCCGCCCUCGUGAAGAGCUCCGCCCUGCUCCUUAAGGCCACGCCCCUACUGAUCCUCCUCUGCGCCUCUGCCUUCGUCCACUUCUUCCUGUGAUCGUACAGUUUUCAUGUUAUUCAGACGAACGCAGAUUUUUUUAACGGAUACAUUUAUUUAAGUCACGUGACCAAAGUAAAUCUGACAUCGGAAAAAACAGAAAAAAAAAGCUUUUCAUCUGGUCGAGGUUAAAGAGGUUUUUAGGAUGUUUGGAUUUAAAUUGCAAUCCCACAUUAUUUACCAGAUCGGUCCAGAGGUCAGAGCAUCAUCUCAUGGUCCCUGAGUUUUUAUCAAUAUAAUGAAUAUAAUGAUUCAGAAAAAAACUGAGUGGAGCAGUUUUUUUGUUCUGUCUGCUGUGAGCUCUCGUCCACAGCACCACCUACUGGUGGAGGCUGUUCAUCUCAGUUUGACAGCUAACCUCCCCUCCUGAAUGUACGUGUGUACAGUUUAUGACGCAUCGUAUAAAUAAGUGUAUUUGCAUUUUUGUAUCAGGUGAAUCUGUCUGUUUUCUUUUUUUAGAGAUGUAAUGUGAUAAUUUCUCAUCGUCUGUUCGUCUCUGCACAGAAACUGAUGUAAAUAUGUUUGGAAAAUGAGAUUUAUGGUUUUUAAUGUUUAGUAAAGUUUUGUAUGUUGAAGUUC